AAUCAUUUCAGUGAGAAAUGGUCUAAUGGUGAUCCUGUAACAUACAGAAAUCUGGCAGGAGAUUGUGGGACAUCGAGCUACUGUGCCAUUAUGAAGGCUGAUGGUUCAUGGGAAAGUCUUCAGUGCACAGUGACUAAACAUUUCAUGUGCUAUGAACAAGAUGCUUCCUCACAGACUCGUAAUUAUCAUCUAAUCCUUGAGACUAAGACCUGGUAUGAAGCUCAGCGUUACUGUAGACAGAGAUACACUGACCUGGUCAGCAUCAGAGAUCAGCAGCACAAUGAAGAGGUGAGGAUUAAAGGGUUAAACAGCAGCACACCCUUCUGGAUCGGCCUGCUGUGUGAUGACUGGCAGUGGAGUGAUGGAGGAAUCUCUGCGUACAGAAACUGGGAUAGCAAUCAAUCUCUACCACAAAACAAAUGUGCAAAAGUGAGAGGAGAGAGAUGGCACUCAGUCCCUUGCAGAAAUUAUUACUCUGCUUUGUGCUACUACUACAAUUACAUCCAUGUGAGUGAAGAGGCUCUGAGCUGGGAGAAAGCGCUGGAUUACUGUGAUAAAGGGAACAGAGCUGGAUUUCUGAUCAUCGAUUCUCAAGCUGAACAGGAACAGUUAGAGUCUGAGCUCAUGAGGAGACGUGUCCCUCCAGGGUCUCUGUGGGUGGGGCUUGGACCAAACCGUCUCUCUGAGCUGAAGGUGUCCUCUGGUCCGCUGACCUGCGAGGAUAUACAGAGACAGAGCGAAGCUGACACACACACUGCAGACGCAGCACCAGAUUAUGUGAUGGACUCCACUGAACUUCGAGUCGUGUGUAAACUGAAGUAAAGUUGUUUCAUACAUUAAUGAAAGUUAUUGUGAAAUGUUUACUGUUUUAAUAUUUGUAAUCUUAUAUUACCAACAUAAAAACCUUGAAUAAACACUACUGUUCUUUAAUUAUAAAUAAACAUUCUGUAAUAUAUUAAGAAGUAUAUAUUGAUUCUGAAAUGUAACCUGGUGUUCUGACAGCAAAAAGGUAUCUGCAUUAAUUUUACCCUCAGGCUUAUAUGUUUUUUUACCCUCAGGCUUAUAAGUUUUUUGAAGAUUGAUGUUUUUUUUUUUAAUAAUUUCAUGUGUUCAGCGAAUAAAUAUAAUAAAAAAUC